AUGAAUACCGCAUCUGGGUUCACAGGAGUCGUCAGCACUCCGAGUCCUACUGCUCCUCUCGGCGGCGGCACAGGUGGCGCUGGUCAAACAGGAACAGGAGCGGGAGUUCCACCUGCUUCGUCGAUGAUUAUGAGUUUGACGUCGAUGGGAGGUUCAAGUGCGAGUGUGAAUACUGGGAUUAAUACCGCUCCUACUACCCAAGUUUCAAUUUCAGGAGCGGGAACGACGGGUGCUGCCAGUGGUACUGGAACGUCCAGUGGAAGUACAGGUACCGCUACUUCAAAUCAUGCAUCGAGUCUUCGGCAUCCGAGAAGUGGGGAUAAGGCUAGUCUGUGGUUCGGGGUGUUGAUUGGAGUUGUCGCUGGAAGUGCUUUUCUAUGA